GGGAGGAGUGAUCUAGUACAAGAAUCAGACACGACCGGGUCAGGCUGUUUCUGGCUCUCUUUCUCAUAAAAAAUUCAUAUUCGCUUCUUAAUUAUAUAUAUAUCCAUCUAUCUUAUCUUCAUCCUCAUUCAUUCUCUCCCAAUUAUGUCUUCUGCUGUUUUAGAGCACUUGUUGGAUGUGGAUGAACAGCAGCAGGAGCAACACAAAUUCAAGAUUAAAAAUCUGAGAAAAGAAUCCGAUGAUGGGAAAAUUCACAUACUGAAAGGAAUCACCGUUGACAUCCCAAAGGGUGUGAUUGUUGGGAUCAUAGGCCCUAGUGGUAGCGGCAAGUCAACUCUCUUGAGGGCUUUGAAUCGCCUCUGGGAGCCACCUUCCUCCUCCAUAUUCCUCGAUGCCCAAGAUAUCUGCCACCUUGACGUCCUUUCCCUCCGCCGCAAGGUUGCAAUGCUCUUUCAGCUCCCUGCUCUCUUUGAAGGGACAGUUGCCGAGAAUGUGAGGUAUGGUCCACAACUUAGAGGAAUAAAGUUAACAGAUGAUGAGGUGCGCAAGUUGCUCAUAAUGGCAGACCUUGAUGCUGCUUCUUUCAUGGAUAAGUCUGGUUCUGACCUCUCUGUGGGUCAGGCUCAAAGAGUUGCACUUGCUAGAACUCUAGCUAACUCACCUGAGGUUUUGCUGCUGGAUGAGCCUACUAGUGCAUUAGAUCCAAUAUCCACAGAAAACAUUGAAGGUGCCUUGAUGAAGUUGAACAAGAAUCAGGGUAUGACACUCAUCAUGGUUUCCCAUAGCAUCAAACAAAUCCAGAGGAUGGCUGACGUUGUGUGUUUGCUUGUUGAUGGUGAAAUUGUUGAAGUUCUUAAGCCUAAUCAACUCUCUCAAGCUAAGCAUCCCAUGGCAAGGAGGUUUCUUGAACUCAGUUCUUAACCUCUCUUGUCUUGUCCCAAUAUAUAUCCUAUCUACUGCUAUUGCUAUUGCUAUUGUGUUGUGUUCACUUGUUGGGUUUUGAGUAUAUAGUAUAUCACUACUGUCCAUGUUGAAGACAACAAUUCUUAGUUCCACUUCUCCACUUGCUGCUUUAUCAUGUUAAACUCACCCUCAUAAAUAGUAUUACUCCAAUUAAUCAA